CACAAUCGGUUGACAGCAGGAAGCGCGUCCCCGAUGGACUUCCAGCGUGUGACCUCCGCGAUCACCGGGCGGACAGCGGGAGGAGAGGGGGGCGACGACCGGAACGCACGAGGAGAGCCCCGCCGAUCGACCAGCGAACGUUCAGCCGCGGAUUCCUCCAGACGCCGUUUCCCGGGAGAGCGCGGGCCGACAGAGGAAUGAGAUGCACGAGUAAACUAAAGUUGAAGCGAUUUCGGUGGGAUUUUUCAUCCGGGAGGCGGCAGGAUCAUUUGUGACUACCCUCCGCUCCGGGAAGUUCCGUUACGGGGGGAGGCGGGGGGUUCAUUAUGGCUUCGGGCGCCGGUAAGGCUGCACAGCCCCCCGGGCCGGGCUCCGCCGUCAACGGGACUGCGGCAGAGUUCCCCAACAUCGAGCAGGAGCUGUACGACUACCAGAUGCACAGCAAGAUGUGCAAGAAGAUCGCUCAGCUCACCAAGGUGAUUUAUUCUCUGAACAUGAAGAACGAGGAGCAGGAGGCCGCCCUGCAGGCCUUGAGUCACGCCCACCACGACGAGCUGCACCGCAUCCUGAUGGAGACGUGCCACGAGGGGGAGGGCUCCGUGCUGAGGACGCGCCUCCUCGAGCUGCAGGAGUCUCUGGACGAGCAGCAGAGGGUCGGGGCACAGGUGCAGGCGGACUUCGAGUGCUUCCGCAUCCAGGCGGAGGAGAGGGAGCGCGAAGCCGAGUCCGAGCUGAGGAAAGAGUUUGAGGAGAAGCUGCGGGCCGCGGAAGAAGAGCUCCGGGAGGCCAGGGCCCACGUCAGCGCCGCCCAGGAGGAGAACCUGAGCCUGAAGGGGGAGCUGGAGGAGGCCAGGGGCCACGUGAUGCAGGCCGACGCCAAGUGCGAGGAGCUGCAGAAGGAGGCCGACCAGGAGAAGCAGAAGAAGGAGGACGAGAGACAGAAAGAGAGGGAGGAGGAGGAGGAGCGGAAAACAGAGCAGCGUGAGGACCUGGAGAGAGUGAAGGCUCUUUCGCAGGAGGUGCAGGCGCUGAAGGAGGAGAGGGAGCGGGCCGAGGAGGAGAAGAGGCGAGCCGUGAGAGAGGAGCGGGAGCUCUGGGAGGAAAAACUGAACGAUCUGAAUGAGGAGAAAGAGGACAUGAGGAAGAAAAUAGAGGCCGAGUGGAGGGAAGAGCGGCAGAGGUGGGAGGAGAGGGAGGAGGAGGAGAAGAAAGGGAUGCACAGCGCUCUCCGGGAGAGGGUGAAGAGGGCCGAGGCAGAGGUCGAAGGUCACCUGGAGCGGCUGGCGGAGAGCAAGAGAAGCACCAUGAAGCUGCAGGAGCGAAUCCAGGACCUGGAGGAGGAGCUGGAGCUGGACCGGAGGCGCGUGUCUGAAGCCGAGGGCAUGGCCAAACGGGCGGAGGAGGAGCUGGCCGUGGCCAAGGAGAGGCUGCUGCUGCAGGAGGACGAGCUGCAGAGCAGAGCAGAGGAGCUGCUGAACCGUGGGGGCUGUGAGGUGUGUGUGUGCGCCGAGCUGGAGGAGCUGAAGAGCCAGGUGAGCCGCCUGCAGAGCAGGAACCGGGAGCUGGAGCUGCAGAGCAGCGGCCGCAAUAGUGACCACGCCCGGCAGAUCCGUCAGCACGCCGAGGCGUUGUCCAGCCUUCGCUCAGAGAUGGUGAGGGCGCAGACGGAGGAGCUGCGCCGCAUCCAGAAGCACGCCGACGACGAGAGAGACAAGCUGCAGAGGGAGAUCGAGAGAGAGCGAGAGAGCCUUCAGAAGGAGAGAGAGCAAGAGAAGGAGCGCUUCGAGAAGGACAGGAACAGAAUGCGCAGAGAAAUGAACGAGGAGAAGGAGGUGCUGCACAAAGAGGUGGAGGAGGCCAGAGAGCGGCUGAGGAGGGAGAAGGAGGAGGAGGUGGAGCGGCAGCGCAAAGAGCUGGAGGUGGAGCGAGUCCGGGUUCGAUCCCAGCUGGACAAGAACAUUGAGCAGGUGGAGGCGGAGCGAGCGAACCUGCAGCAGAAGCUGGAGGAGGAGAAGAAGAGGCUGGGGGAGAAGGCGGAGGAGGACCGGAGGCGGCUGAAGGAGCAGGUGCGGAAGGCGAUCGAGGAGGUGAUGAGGAGGCACGCGGCCGAGCUGAACAGCCUCCAGGAAGCCCUGAGCUCCGAGAAGAAGACCAACCAGGAGGUGUGUGUGCGUUUGGACGAGGAGAGGAGGACGGGUGAGGACAUACGCUGCCGGCUGGAGAAGGAAAGAGACGAGCUGAGGACAAAACUGCAGGACGCCACGAGUGAGAUCUGUCGGUUGGAGUCGGCAGUCCAACAGAAGGACAGGAAGGACAAAGUGCCCCCCGAAGCGGCGCCUCCAUGUGGACCGCAGUGCUCCCGCCUGGAGGAAGACCUUCAUCAGGCCCGGAAUCGACUGGCCCGGAUGCAGGAGGAGGCCGAGAGACAGAGAGACAGGCAGCAGAGAGAGAUCGCCUCCCUGAGAGCCGACAAGCAUCGUCUGGAGGAGAAGGUCCUGGAGCAGAGCCGGCUGAACGCGGAGCGGAGCCUUCUGGAGCAGGGCCAGCGCCACACUGAGGAUCGCAUCAGGGCAGAGUGUGAGGAACGCCUGAGAGCAGAGUUCAGGAUCGAGAUGAACGCCGCCGUGGCAGAGAGCGAACAGAGGUGGCAGAACAAAGAGCAGGAGCUGCAGACCCAGAUGUCUGAGCUGCAGACGGAACUGAACCAGCUCCAGUCUCAGGCGGAGAAGAAGAAGACGGGACAGGGAGACGAUUGCCACGGCAAUCCGGAAAUUGACAGGUUGAGGAAAGAAGUCCAAGACACAAAGGAGAUAAACAAGAAACUGAGGGACUUGCUGCAGGAGCCACAAACCCAGUCUUUAACCGAGGAGAAGCACAACCACGCCAUGGCUCUGCAGGCGCUGGAGCGACAGGCGAAGGAAGAUCUGCUGUCUGAGAGGAACAGGCUUCAGACGAUGCACCACCUGGAGCUAGACAAGCAGCGUGCAGAGUUGACCCAGCAGCACACCGAGUGGAGCCGGCAGAUGACCCAAAGACACAUGCAGCAGAUCGAGGACCUACAGGCUCAACUACAAGCACACACACAGAUGAUGGCUCUGCAGCAGGAUCUGAAGCAGCAGAACCAGUAUCAGGUGUUUGAGCGGCAGCUGGACGAGAGUCGCUGCGCCAUGCUGGAACUGCAGAGAGAAAACGUGGCGCUGAAGAAGCAACUAAAAGAGCGGUCAGUGCAGAAGAACUCCGAAGUGGCAGAGAAGGAAGACGAGAGCACAGAAAUCAGGAAGAAGAGAGACGCACAGCUGGAAGAAGAAGCACAACGUCUGAAGGAGGAGGUGGAGAAACUGCGGGUGGAGAUGGAGAAGCUGGAGGAGUCGCAGAAGCACUGGGAGGAGAGGAAGGACGAGGACAUCAAGGAGGAGGAGGUGGACGAGGAGAAGAGGAAGGAGAGGGAGGAGGAGAAGAGGAGGGAGGAGGUGGAGGAGAUCAAGCGGGAGCACAAGAGGGAGAUGCAGAGCCUGGUGUCGGAGUACAGCAGCGCUCAGACUCACCUGCAGGCGCGAAUCGUGGCCCUGGAGAACGAGCUGCGCGAGCGGGAGGAGCGGUGCCGGAGGAGGGAGCCUCGCUGCGACGACCUUCAGUUAGGGAGACUCCAGGAGAGGCUGACGGAGAGAGACCAGCUCAUCAAGCGAUUAGUGGAGGAGAGGCAUCAGCUGCAGCUCCACCCUCCCUCGGCCGGGGACGACGCCACCCUCAGGCCGCGUGACGCCAAGUCCCGCCCCGGGAGCGUCACGCCGACCAUGAGGAGGAAGGGUGUGGAUUCGCCUCCUCGUGUCACCAGCACGUCCAGCGCCGGUACCUACGACAGGAGCAUCUUCCUGGCCCACUCCUCCUCCUCAUCCUCCUCCUCCGCCUCCGUCCAUCACCACUCCUCCUCCACCCUGCCCCACCCGUCCACGCCCCACCCCCAGACCUCCCCCCACUACUCCACCUCCUCCCUGCCGCACAAGCACACCUCGCUGUCCCUCAGCCAGCAGUCCUCCCCCUCCCUGCCCCGCUCCACCCGGUCCCGGACCGCCUGCUUCCCCCCGACGCCGGCGCCGACUGCCCCCCUCCCCGUCUGCCCCUCCCCCCAGACGGGCAUCCGAUACGUGUCCCCCUCCUGCCAGGACCCACAUGCACACCUGCAGGCCCAAGCAAUCAGGGGCCCAUACCUGGAACCGAGGGGGACUGAAGGGCUGAAGCAGGAGUGGUUCACCAAAUACUUCUCCUUCUGAGCACAAACACACACACACACACACACACACACACACACACACACACACACACACACACACA